CUCCGAGUUUCGGUAUCGUCACGAGGAUGCGACUGCGGUCCCGACCUGGCGCCUAGAUAUGACGUAGGCGGAAGCGUCCUGCGAAGUCGUGCGCAAGCCAACGAAAACAGGAGCGGAGUUGGCGAACUGCUGUAAAAGCAGCAGCGCUGAUUGAGCCCCCCCACUUCCCCUCAGCGGUGGUCUCUGCCCCCAUGGGACCGGAACGAGUUUUCCCACCUCGCGAGGACGACGACAAGAAUCCACGUGACGGAGACGCGGUCGGGGGGGCGGCGUGGAGCGGGGGCGAGGAGGACCAGGACGGCGACGGGGGCGGCUACUCGUACCAGCCCCUCAGCCAGGAAGGGGACGACUCGGCGGACGGGACCCUUCGGCACAGGAUGGAGGCGAUGGGUCUGCACCUGCCGGAGGCCCCGCCCCCCGACGACGAGGACGAGGACCCCGAGACGGCGGCGGCCGAGAGAAGCCGCGCCUCCAUCCCCAUGGAUGCCGCCCACGUGGAGCUGGUGAAGCGGACCAUGGCGGCGGUGACGCUGCCGUCGCCGGGCGUGCCCGCCUGGGCCCGGGAGAUCUCCGACGACCAGUGGCGGGACGUGGUGCGACGCGCGCUGCGCGGCCGCGUCGACGACGCCUGAGCGGACGGCGCCCCGGCCCGACGCCUUCCCGGAGGUCCGAGAUCCGUCGGUGUCUUCUCUUCCGCGUUCAAAACGUUGUGCGUGUUUUCCUUUGCGAGGGCCCAAUGUCGACGGUACGCUUCGGUCCGUUUGAUUUCCUGCGGUCUCGAGUUGGACCGGGACGAGUCCUCGCUCGCUUGGCUGUGAGAAAUGACGUGUCAUCAACGCUUUCUUUUUUUGGGCUUGAAAUUAUCUUUCCUUUGGCUUUUUCUCUUUUCUCUCUUCCUCGUUCCUCUGUUCUCCACCCCCCCCCUUUCCAUCUUGCCACGACGCCAACGAGUCCAGCGACGUCGAGACCCGACUUCACGGGACUCGGCCGGAGUCGUGUUUCCUUUGUUGGCGUCCGCGUCCCGUGACGUGAUGCUUAAAAAUGUCCCAGCUACUAUUGUGUCACCAUUAAAUAAUAAAAUAUUGUUUGAAAUAUG